GACAGGAAGUCUCGUGCCUUUCACUCUGACGAGGGGCGAGAGGCUGCGCCGCCGCCGCCGCCGCUGUGGGGUGAGAGGGCUUGUCAUGGCGCUGGAGACGCUCUCGCCGGACUGGGAGUUUGACCGCGUCGACGACGGCUCUCAGAAAAUCCAUGUUGAAGUGCAGUUGAAGAAUUAUGAGAAAUUUCUUACGGCGUACACUUCCCAGCUGAAGAGAAUUGAAGAUGCGUUGGAUGACUCCGUAGGAGAUGUUUGGGAUUUCAAUCUUGAUCCUAUUGCAUUAAAUCUUUUGCCUUAUGAACAGUCUUCCUUACUUGAGCUCAUAAAGACAGAAAACAAGGUCCUAAACAAAGUUAUCACUGUGUAUGCUGCUCUGUGCUGUGAAAUCAAAACAUUAAAGUAUGAGGCAGAAACAAAAUUUUAUAAUGGCCUCUUGUUUUAUGGAGAGGGAGAUAUGGAUUCUAGUAAAGUGGAAGGAGAUAGCCAAAUUCAGAUGGGAAGAUUUAUUUCAUUUUUACAGGAGCUGUCUUGCUUUGUGACACGGUGCUAUGAAGUAGUGAUGAAUGUAGUUCACCAGUUGGCUGUCCUUUAUACUAGUAACAAGAAUACGCCCAAAGUUAUAGAGACAUCAGGAGUUCAUUUUCAGGCUAUGUAUGAGCAUCUGGGGGAACUCCUGACAGUUUUACUCACAUUGGAUGAGAUAAUAUAUAAUCAUGCUACGCUGAAAGAUCACUGGACUAUGUACAAAAGGUUACUAAAAUCUGUCCAUCACAAUCCUUCUAAAUUUGGAAUGCAGGAAGAGAAAUUGAAGCCAUUUGAAAAGCUGCUAUUAAAACUAGAAAGCCAGUUACUGGAUGGGAUGAUAUUUCAGGCUUGUAUAGAACAGCAGUUUGAUUCCCUGAAUGGUGGGGUGUCAGUGUCGAAGAACAGCACUUUUGCCGAGGAGUUUGCACAUAGUAUUCGCACAAUUUUUACCAAUAUUGAAGCUAAGCUUGGUGAACCCUCAGAAAUUGACCAGAGAGAUAAAUACGUAGGAAUUUGUGGGCUCUUUGUGCUGCAUUUUCAGAUUUUUCGGACUAUAGACAAGAAAUUUUACAAAUCAUUACUGGACAUUUGCAAAAAGGUGCCAGCUAUUACUCUUACUGCUAAUAUAAUUUGGUUUGCGGACUCCUUUCUAAGCCAGAAAAUGCCAGAUGCUGCCAAACUUCUGGACAAGAAAACUUUUCAGUCCAUUAAGUUAAACAGAGAAAGUUUUCUACAGCAGAAGGCCCAGUCACUUACCAAAGAAAUGCAGUCAUAUUAUGUGUUUGUUAGCUCUUGGAUGAUGAAAAUGGAAUCUAUUUUGUCAAAGGAACAACGGAAGGAUAAGUUUGCAGAAGAUCCAACCAACAGGUGCAAUGUUUUUAUACAGGGGUUUCUGUAUGCUUACAGCCUUAGUAACAUCAUUAAAACAACAAUGAAUCUGCACAUGUCCAUGCAGAAGCCAAUGACUAAAACCUCAGUUAAAGCAUUGUGCAGGAUGGUGGAACUUCUUAAAGCAAUAGAACAUACAUUUUACAGAAGAAGUAUGAUCGUUGCUGAUUCAGUCACACACAUAAUCCAACAUCUUCAGCAUCAGGCUCUUAAUGCUAUUGCUAUAGCCAAGAAAAGAGUAAUUUCUGACAAAAAGUACAGUGAACAGCGCCUUGAUGUACUCUCUGCACUUGUUCUGGCUGAGAAUACCCUCACUGGUCCUAGCACAAAACAGAGGCGGCUCAUUAUAUCUCUGGCUCUCAGUGUGGGCACACAGAUGAAAACAUUUAAAGAUGAAGAACUCCUUCCUCUGCAAGUAGUGAUGAAAAAAUUGGCCUUAAUCAGUGAACUUAGGGAACGAGUUCAAGUACAAUGUGACUGCUGCUUCCUGUACUGGCAUAGAACUGUAUUUCCAAUUUAUCUGGAUGAUGUCUAUGAAAAUGCAAUAGAUGCUGCUAGACUGCAUUACAUGUUUAAUGCACUGAGGGAUUGUGUUCCAGCUAUGAUGCACUCAAGGCAUUUAGAAUCCCAUGAAAUUCUUCUAGAAAGUUACGACAAAGAAAUCAUGGAUGUUUUAAAUAAGCACCUUCUGGACAAAUUAUGUAAAGAAAUAGAAAAGGAUUUGCGCCUUUCUGUUCAUACACAUUUAAAGCUAGAUGAUCGAAAUCCAUUCAAAGUUGGCAUGAAGGACCUUGCACACUUCUUCUCUUUGAACCCAAUUCGCUUUUUUAAUAGGUUCAUAGAUAUCAAAGCUCAUGUGACUCAUUAUCUAGACAAGACUUUUUACAAUUUAACCACAGUAGCACUUCAUGACUGGGCCACAUAUAGUGAAAUGAGGAAUUUGGCAACUCAGCGCUAUGGCUUAACUAUGACAGAAGCACAUCUUCCUAGUCAGACUUUAGAACAGGGGCUAGAUGUCCUGGAAAUUAUGAGAAAUAUUCAUGUGUUUGUAUCCAGAUACCUUUACAAUCUCAAUAAUCAGAUCUUCAUUGAGAGAAUCAGCAAUAACAAGCAUCUUAACACCAUAAAUAUAAGGCACAUUGCUAAUUCAAUUCGAACACAUGGCACAGGAAUCAUGAAUACAACAGUCAAUUUCACAUACCAGUUUCUGAGAAAGAAAUUUUAUAUCUUUAGUCAGUUUAUGUAUGAUGAACACAUCAAAUCCAGACUGAUCAAAGACAUCAGAUUCUUUAGGGAAUUUAAGGAUCAAAAUGACCACAAGUACCCUUUCGAAAGAGCAGAGAAAUUCAACCGAGGGAUCAGAAAACUUGGAAUUACGCCUGAUGGACAAAGUUACCUUGACCAGUUCAGGCAACUAAUAAGCCAGAUAGGAAAUGCCAUGGGUUAUGUCCGGAUGAUUAGAUCUGGUGGACUGCACUGCUGUAGCAGUGCAAUUAGGUUUGUUCCUGAUCUCGAAGAUAUUGUUAAUUUUGAAGAACUUGUGAAAGAGGAAGGUCUUUCAGAAGAAACACAAAAAGCAGCAAGGCAACUGGAUUGUGUACUAAGUGAUCUCACACGCAACUCUGCAGAAGGCACAGAAUACUUCAAAAUGCUUGUGGAUGUGUUUGCUCCUGAAUUCCGCAGUCCAAAGAACAUGCAUCUACGCAACUUUUAUAUAAUUGUUCCUCCACUGGCUCUUAACUUUAUCGAACAUUCAAUCAGCUGUAAGGAGAAACUGAAUAAAAAGAACAAAGCUGGUGCAGCCUUCACUGAUGAUGGUUUUGCCAUGGGCGUCGCUUACAUUCUGAAGCUUUUGAACCAGUACCAAGAGUUUGAUUCUCUCCACUGGUUCCAGUCAGUGCGAGAGAAGUAUGUGAGAGAAAUCAGAGCAUUGGCAAAGCAGCAGAACGUUCAGUCAGCGAGUCAAGAUGAAAAGUUGUUACAGACUAUGAACCUCACUCACAAGCGACUGGAAGUUUGUUUACAGGAGUUUGAACUGCUUCAUUUCUCACUGAGUAGUGCAAGGAUAUUUUUUAGAGCGGAUAAAACAGCAGCAGAAGAAAAUCAAGAGAAAAAAGAACGUGAAGAAGAAAGUGGAAAAACAAGCAAUGGAGGCCUGUCCAACUCUACUUCUGGAGAUCUGGUUGUGAAAUGAGAGCCUGGAAAUCCACAGCAGUGGUGAUUUGCUGAAAGUGAUGGGAUGAACUGGAAUGGAAUUUUUCAACCUUUGAAUUUGACAGUGAGCCAGAACUGCUAUGAAAUGGAGAAUAAUCCAUAUUCAUUCAAUUCAAAAUAUUGUUGUUAAUUCUCUCUGGUCAAGUUUCAUUAAAAUAUGCAGCUUACCUCAUAUGAGUUGAGGUUGAAGAAUGUGUGUUUUAUUUUGGCUUAAAUGUCUUAUUUUUUUUUAAACAACCUUGCAUUUCACUUGAUUUAAACAUGACAUCUCAUGCUUGGCAUUGUUUUUGUUGCUUGUUUCCAACUUAUGUCCCACAUUGAAAAACUGUCAUUAAUAGACCUUUGGAAUCCAAAGAAACUGCCAGCAUAAUGAGUCAACCUCUGACUUUCAGAGAAAAGCACUGUAAAACAUGUAAAUUCAAGACACCUUUCUGCUGUAAUAAACAUACAUUUGUUUCCUUUUUGUCCUGUAACUCGAGCAAAUCCUUCAUUUAGGGCACCACAUGUGCCUAAACUGUACAGUACUAACCAAACUAGCAUGGUGUUAGUGAUAUCUUGCAAAUGUCCUCAGACUUCCCUACGGUAUUAAACCAUGUAAGGACACUGCUUCUGUGAAUAUAUACAUAUGUACAGUCAUAGUUUUCUUUGUGAAUUUGUAAGUUCCUGUAUUCUAAACAUAUUGUAGAACAGUUAAGAAGAACGAACAGUUUGGGUUUACAAUCUUAGAGCAGGUAGUGAGAUAUUUCUACUUGUGCCACAGAGUUGGGUCUCCAUUAAAGCCUGUACAAUUUGGGAAACUUCAGGUAGAUGUCAGCUACUGCAUAUAAAUGUAGUGGGUUAAACUGGAAGGAAUGAAAUUACAGCCAUAAUGAAGCAUGCAAAGAGCAAAAGCCAGGAAAAGGGAAUGAAAUGCUAUGGAGGUAAUUUUUCUCCUUUUUCCUAUCCCACCUUUUACUAAACUAACAUCAAAGCAGUAUUUAUGCAUAAUUUUCUUAUUCUUUUUGUUUACAAACAGUAAAAAAGGGAGGCUUAUUUUCAUUCUUCUACUUUUGACUGAUGAUCCCUUCUUUCAAUAAAGUACAUAACAGCGUGAAUACAUAAAUCCCUUCUGUAAGAGAGGUUUAAUCGGAAGAUUAUUAAAUCUGACAUAUUCCAUUGAUUACUACAUAAUCUUAUCUGGGGGGGGGGGGUACGUGUUUGAGGCCAGCAGAUCUACCAGAGAGUCAUAGAUGGGCCAGAACAGCAAAGCCAUCAAUGUACUUUAUACUUCUGUAUUUGUCUGAGGUGCAGAGUUGAGGUCCUGUCGCAAGUUUUCAUUCAGUUUGGUUGAUCAGUUCCAUCUGACAGCUAUGCUCAAAUUCUCAGGAAUGAAGGGGACCAAAUAUAACAUGUCUUACUCAUUUUACAAAAGGCUGUUACCUCAGUUUUGUUCUGUUGAAUAUUCUGUACAUAAUAAUAAAUGAAUCUUUGGAAACUGGA